GUUCCUGAUAAUUCCGAUGUAUUUUUGUUUCGAGCGGCUAUUUCGUAUUCCGCAAAACCACAACCACAACCCGAUAGUACUGCGCGCGCCUUACGUUAUCAACGACAGACUUAGCCUUUACGAGCUUCAGUGGUUUGCAGUUUGUUUUGAAAACUAUCCCAGCGCAAUUGCAGUAUCAGCUUCAGCUGGUGCUGCAGUGCUGCUCGACAUUUCUCUGGCCAGCCGCCUCACGCCUGCCGCUGCCGCAGCGCCCGCAGUCGUCAACUAUAAUGAUGGCGCGCGAGGUCGAGGUGUAGUUCGGCCGAUGAUGCGCAUGUGCAAUAAAUUCAAAAAUAACGCGAAUGCGAAGAAGCAAACAGUAAUUAUCCGAAAAUCGACGUUACGAAAAAUAUAGAAACUUCUUUCGCUCGAUAUGAUUUUGAGUGUGUUACGCAAAACUGGAAAACCAAUUUACUCGUACUUCGAUCGAGAACAAUCGAGCUCUAUUGAUUACACGUAACAGUUCAAAUUGUUAGCAUAAAAGUGCGUAACGUGAGGAUGAUCCUAAUGCCUGAAAAAAGGGUAAUUGGCGUAAAAACUAAUUGGUCAUGACGGCGCGAUCUAAUCAAUCUCUGAACAACAAGAAGCCGUGACGCGCACGGAUCGCAAUCCAAAACCAGUUUGUAGCACGAUAAAUAGUAGCAUAAACAGGAAGACAAAACUAAAACGUAGUUUUUACCGAGGAAAUUAAUCAUCGCGAUUUUAUCAGCCAUUGAUGUCAUCGAGGACUCGUAAAGUCGUAACUGCAAUGUCUGGAUUCGAAUUGCGAAACCUCGCUCCUUGGCGCACGCUUCGCCUUCGUACACCAGUGCAGAGCUAAAGUGCAGAUAUGGGUGCAGCACACGUAGCAGCGCCACACUCCGCGAGCAGCGGCGAUGAGUUGUUAUUAAUCCAUCGAGAAGAAUACGCACGUGUUGACACCACUCCGGAGUAAAUAAAAAGCAAGGCAAAUGUGGUUGUGCCGCCAUAGGACGUAGUAUAAGAGAUGGGCCGUAAGAUACCUGGUAAAAAGCAUCAUGGUGUUAAGGAUCCGUUCAAGCAGCAAGCCAAACGAGAAUCCGAAUUAAAAUUGGUAAUUAAUGCACCGCCUAAGAACAUCGAUGAUCAAGACAUCCCCAAAAGUUUAGAACGCGUAAUCAAGCUCAAAAACGCUGUUAAGAGUGGAGUUUUAGUGCAGAAGAAGAGAAAGAAGAAGAGAGGUUGCAAGUUGAUAACUCUUGGUGCUGAGCAGACUCUCAAGCGUCAUCCAAAAGCCAAGCCGGAAAAAGUAGUACCAAUCUUUAAUCAGAGAUGCGAUGAAACUCAACAUCAGUUCUGGCAGAGAGUCAAUAGGGAAACUGAGAAUUUUCUCAAAGAGGCACAGUUUGAGAAUAAGUAUGGUGUGGAUGUGAAGCGUAAUACUGAAACUGGUUGUAUCGAAGGAAUUGUAAAAAAACCUAAAAGUGAUUUGGAAGAGAUUGAGAAGUUAAAAUCUAAAGCCAAGAAUAUCAAUAAGAAGAAGAAGAAGGUUGAAGGAGAGAAUACCGUCAAGUUGAGCAAGUCUCAAAAGAGAAAAGAAAAGUUACGCAAAAAGGAGGAAAAGAAACUCGAGGAUGAUAUCGAUGAGUUUAAAGUGUUUAAGGACAAAGUUGAAUUUGGCGAUGUUGCCCAUGCUCCACCUGAAUUGAAAACUCUUCCAAAGAAUGUUCGUAAGGUAAAAUACAAUGAUUUGUUGCUGAACGCGCUUCUCAAAAAAGACAUCUCGUCAAAGAAAGAGAACAUCAAAGCAUCGGAUAGAACGGGUAAACGCAAAGACCUGCCAGCAGGUGAGAGACGCCAAUUGGAGAAGCAGCAGAGCGAAGUGAUAGCUGCUUACAGGCAAAUGAAAGCUAAGCAACACAGCGCGUCUUCGUUACAUAUUUAAGGUUUUAUUUUUAUAUAGAACACUAGAAGUAAAGUAGAUAUGGUGUGCAAAAGAUUAUAUACACGUAUGAAACAAAGAUAAUUUUUUUCUGUUAAAUACAAAAAAUAACGUAAACAAGUAUCUCUCUGUGAGUAAACUUGAAAAAACUAUC